AUGCUUUCAGUAAUGGCUGACAGUUUGAAUGUCGAUUCAAAGAAGAUUAACCUUCUCUACAUUCAAAAGUAUCUUCAACAAAAGUUAGAAGGGAAUCCUCUUGACUAUCUCAACCCAAAGAAAAAGUCUGACAAUCUUGUCGCAAUCAUCUAUGCCAGUGGAGCAAUUGUAAGAGGAAGACCACAAAACCCACAAGAUACGAACAUGAACAGUGACGUAUUGAUUGACGCCAUCUAUAAGGCAAGAAAGAAUACUGAAGUGAAGGUCAUUCUGUUGAGGGUUGACUCACCAGGUGGAGAAGUGUUUGCUAGUGAGCACAUUAGAAGAGAGUUAGAGCUUGCAAAGACAGAAGAUAAAAAGAAGAUUGUUGUCAGCAUGGGAGGUGUAGCUGCCAGUGGAGGCUAUUGGAUUUCCUCAGUUGCUGAUAAAAUUGUAGCUCAUCCUUUUACUAUCACUGGAUCUAUUGGAGUGAUUAUGGGCAAGUUCUUCCUUGGAGACUUCUUUGCUAAUAAGCUCGGAAUUACCAAUGAUGCCAUUUCAACAAACAAGAAUUCGUCUGUCUUUUCGUAUUUCGAUCGUGUCACAGAGCAACAAACAGAAUUAUUUAACAAUGUUAUUGACGAAUUUUAUGAUUCCUUUAUUGAAAAGGUCAGUCAAGCAAGAAAUAUCAGCAAGGACGAUUUGAAGAAUAAGAUUGCCAAGGGUAAAGUUUACUUUGGUCAAGCUGCCAAAGAAGUAAACUUGGUUGACCAGGUUGGUGAUUUUUAUGACGCCGUCAAAGUAGCUAAGGAAGUUGCUGGCAUGCAGAACGAACCACACCUUUGUGUUUUCUAUCCAAAGAAGAAGUCUUUGUCUGAGGCAUUGCUGUCAUCCCAAGCACCAACAAACAGCAGAGAUCGUGCUUUCAAAUCUGGCGUCUCAGUUUUUGAGCCAUUCUACGCCAUGCUUCAGUCUUUGAGCGGAUUAUUUAAGGUUUCAAGUUUCUUUGCAAAACACAGCUCAAUGGUUGACAAGUAUGUUCAAUUUGCUGAGAAAGCCAUUCAAGCUAACAAUGGGGAAGCCAAAGCUGAAUUAGAAACAACCAUCGAAUUCUAA